UUUGCUUUAUACUAGUGGGAUCACCUGGAAGUGGUUUUAUGUCUCUCCUCCCCCUGUAUGCCUGGAUAAGUGGGAAGAUGCUACUGGCAUCUAGUGGUAGACAGGCCAAAUAUCCUGGAUCCUGGAUUUCAUAGAACAGCUGCCCUCUAAAAAGAUACGAACUUACGGGUUUCAGAGGGAGGUUGCUGUGCUUGACCAACUUUCUGUGUCCUUUACCUAAACUGAUUCUAACCUGUUUUUUAUGGCUCCAUGCCAGAAUGGCCUUUAGUAUGUGAGCUGCAGGCUACACAUGGGGACUUUGCUAUUUCUAGCCUUCUUUAUGUUUUGUUUAGAGGUAUAGACAGGCAGGCAGAGUUGGAUAGAACUUGGCAAGGAGGCCUGCACUGUGGCAUAGUGGGCCAAGCCUUCGCCUGUAGUGCUGGCAUCCCAUAUGGGCGCUAGUUUAAGUCCUGGCUGCUCCUCUUCUGAUUCAGUUCUCUGCUAUGGCCUGGGAAAGCAGUAGAAGAUGCACCUGUGUGAGAGAUCCGGAAGAAGCUCCUGGCUCCAGAUUGGCUCAGCUCCAGCCGUAAUGGCUAUUUGAGGAGAGAACCAGCGGAUGGAAGACCUCUCUCUCUCUCUCCCUGUCUCUGUCUGUAACUCUACCACCCAAAUAAAUAAUAAAUAAAAUCUUAAAUUAAUAAAGAACUUGGCAAAGUGAAGGCUACAAAAAUUGUCCAAAGACUCAACUUCUGUGUUUUGUUCCUGGUAAAUUUCUGUCCUGGAAGAAUUGGCUGUUACUAUUUUCUGGUAAAUACCUUUCCACUGACACAUUGAAGUAAAACAAACACUAAUCCCCUCCCCUGCAAACAAACCCAACAAACAAAAACAAAACACGUGGUGAUCAGAGCCAGCCUUAAAUGACUGUUCUUAUUCUACAUUUCAAGUUCAUACUUGACCUUGUCUAGCGUAAGAGAAACCUAACUGCUAUGACUAUCUUGAGUGCAUUUCCAGUGGAGAGGCUGCUAGAGUCCAAAAGAAUGUUUUGAGUCUCCAGAUCCUUUUACAACGCUCCAUUCUUUCUGUGGGGUUAAUUGAAACCUGUUAUAGCCCUUUAAAAAUCUUCACAGAGCCCUCAGAGCCAUAGUAACGUCGGAAUACUGCUUGUGUGGUGGAAGGCUUUCUAAGGGGCACCUUUGCAUUGGGCCACAUAGCUUCUUUUAUCGACCAUCAUGGAAGAGAGGAACAGGAACUCCUGGAUUCUUCCCUAGAGAGAACAGCUGCUCAGAGCUUAGAGUCUCAUGAAUCCUGAAAUAACAUGCCGGAGACAGAUACUGUUGUUCCUGUUCUCUGCAGUGAGCCCGAGACUGGAAUCUGGAGAAGUGAAGUGAUGUGAUCUGCCGCUGUGGGCCAGAAGCAGAAUCAGACGUUCCAUCCUCAGAGCAGCCUGAACUGUUCCUAAAGAAACUUCAGCAGUGCUGUGUCAUUUUUGACUUCAUGGACACGCUAUCUGAUCUUAAAAUGAAAGAAUACAAGCGCUCCACUCUUAAUGAACUGGUGGACUACAUUACAAUAAGCAGAGGCUGUUUGACAGAGCAGACUUACCCUGAAGUAGUUAGAAUGGUAUCUUGCAAUAUAUUCAGAACUCUCCCUCCUAGUGACAGCAACGAGUUUGAUCCAGAAGAAGAUGAACCUACCCUUGAGGCAUCCUGGCCACACUUACAGCUUGUAUAUGAAUUUUUCAUACGAUUUUUGGAAAGCCAAGAAUUCCAGCCCAGCAUUGCCAAAAAAUAUAUAGAUCAGAAAUUUGUAUUACAGCUUCUGGAGCUCUUUGACAGCGAAGACCCUCGGGAGCGGGACUACUUAAAAACGGUCUUACACAGAAUCUACGGCAAGUUUCUUGGUCUUAGAGCAUUUAUCCGAAAACAGAUUAACAAUAUUUUUCUAAGGUUUGUUUAUGAAACAGAACACUUCAAUGGUGUAGCUGAACUGCUGGAAAUAUUAGGAAGUAUUAUCAAUGGCUUUGCGUUACCUCUGAAGGCCGAGCACAAACAGUUUCUGGUGAAAGUGUUGAUCCCUUUGCACACCGUCAGGAGCUUAUCGCUCUUCCACGCGCAGUUGGCCUAUUGUAUAGUACAGUUUCUGGAAAAAGACCCUUCACUCACAGAACCAGUUAUUAGAGGAUUAAUGAAAUUUUGGCCUAAAACAUGUAGUCAAAAAGAGGUCAUGUUCCUCGGGGAGCUGGAAGAAAUAUUGGAUGUGAUUGAACCUUCACAAUUUGUGAAAAUCCAAGAACCUUUGUUUAAACAGAUUGCCAAGUGUGUGUCCAGCCCCCACUUUCAGGUGGCAGAGAGAGCCCUGUAUUAUUGGAAUAAUGAGUACAUCAUGAGCUUGAUAGAAGAGAACUCGAACGUCAUCCUGCCCAUCAUGUUCUCCAGUCUUUACAGGAUUUCAAAAGAACACUGGAAUCCGGCCAUCGUGGCACUGGUGUACAACGUGUUGAAGGCGUUUAUGGAGAUGAACAGCACCAUGUUUGAUGAGCUGACAGCCACAUACAAGUCAGAUCGUCAGCGUGAGAAAAAGAAAGAAAAGGAGCGUGAAGAGUUAUGGAAGAAGUUGGAGGACCUGGAGUUAAAGAGAGGCCUUAGACGCGACGGGAUAAUUCCAACCUAACAGAGACAACGCCGGCAAGCUAGCUAACCUGUGGAGCCACACAUUUAUGUAGUAGAAGAUGGAGCAACAGUUUUCUGUAUUGUGCAACUUUACAGUAGAUUUCACAUUUGUUUCAUUGUUACAGCAACACUGUAUAUACCUGUCUCUAAGUAAAGGAAAAAAAUAAGGACUUCAAAUCCAAAGUUUGGACAGUAGAUGGACUUCUCAGAACUUUGCAAACGUAAUCAUUGUUCUAACCCUCUUUAAAACACGAAACAGCAGUCUUCAGAGAUCUGUUGAUGAAAUUGCUAUGUUAAAAUUCCAUUAUCAGGAGUUCCUUAUUUAUCACUAGCAGAGAGUAUGAUAAAAUUUUCAAAUGUGAACAAUCUUAAAUUUAGCUUGUCUUUCUGCUAAGCUGUUAAAUGUAUUUAUAGUAAAGAAAGAAAAAAAAAAGACUGUCAUUUCCUUGUAAGUUUGUAUGCCAUCCUCCUCUGGAUAACUUGACUGUAAUUUGACAUCUUUUCCUUUUGCACAUCUUCAUGAGUUGAAUGUCCAUGUGGAAGGGGGCCAUGAAUUAUUAAGGCCCCUGAUAGAGAAAGUUUUGUUUACUGGGGUGAACAUCUUUCCAGUCGCCAGGUAGCCCUGGUGCUCCUUUCGUUUGAAAAUUAAGAGUCAGAAGAGAAGAGGUGAUAAACAUAGUAGGGAGGGGAGUUUUGGAUUCAUGCGUGAGUCGAUGGUGGAUCCAAAUCAGUGUCUUGAAUCCUUUGAAAACAGGCACUGGGGCUGCACAAGCUUCAGUCCCUGGCCAGUAUUGGUUGCAUACAUCACUGAACACACACAGACCAGAGAUGUUUUAGAAAUGUCAGAAAAACAUCCUUUUGGACCAUAUGAAAUGAGAAAGACAAACACUAAAGUCUAACCAUGAAAUUGAUCGCCAGGAUUGUGAAUCCAAUUGGGAACAGAGUUGAGCAAACAGCUUGGACUGUUUGGAGUUGUUGCCUUACUUUUUAAUAUGUAUUUAUAAAGUAUUCCAGCAAAAGAGGAUGUAGCCUCUGGGAAAAAACAAACAAACAUGUUACAGUGUUUUUUGUAGAUUUCUCGUUCUAUAUCUCAUCACAGUGCCCACCCUGUUUUUAGCCGGAAAGGAUUCAGGAUAAACAUUAUGCAUUCUGAACUGGAUGCGUAUUCCUAACUACUGUAUUUGUUACCAAAAGUGGUUCUACAAAUGCUACUGAAAAAAUCUGGAAAUUCCUAAUGUCCUGAGUAUUAAUAAUAAAGUUUAAAAAUGCUUUUAUAUCAAAGGUGCAUCGUGACCAAAUUGUUUAAGAAAACAAAAACAAAAACAAAAAAACAAAAUCUAGGGCUGUAUUAUAGAUGUAUCUUAUUGGCUCUCUGCUUUGUACUUAAAAGAGGAAUCUUAUACCAAGGGGUAGGAAAGUCCCUGGUACAACCUGUGUACAGUACGUACGGACUUAAUAUGGCUGCAUUGUGAUGUACUGAAAGGCGUGUGUCCUGGGUUGACGUCCAGGAUGCGCUUGCUCAUGGUAGAUGGGCAGCAGUGAGUUGAUAAUCCUCAGCCGUCCCCUUCCGCAGUAUCCAAGGGUGGGGCUGAGUCUUUGUUCAUAUGUUAAAUUGUGAUAGUAGCAAACACGAGCAUAUGAACUACUGUUGCUCUUACUAGAAAUAUAAUAUAAAUAUGGGCCUGUAUAUUUUCUUUCUUCCAUUGAAAUAUAAAGCAGAAUAUACAGUGUUAUUGUUUCCAAGAGAAAGGAAAAAGGAGUUGCCACUGCGCUUUCUUCCCUGGGAAGUGCUCCAGGGCCAGGAGGUAGAGUGCGUCCUUAGGAGUCAGCUGGUGGCGGAUAUUGUCACCUAGGUAACUUUGUAAACAACACUUGACAUCGUCCAUUCCUAAAGAGAAAUAGCAUUAAAAACAUCACGCACAGCACCAAACACAACGUGGGUUGAUGGAAUUCCUAGAUUUACAAAAAAAGAAGUUCAUGGGGCUUCAACGUAAAGGUGGCAGAGGCUGCCAGAGGAGGCACCGUACUUCCAAGGUGUGGGAGCCGAGGCGCCAGUUGAGUUACUGAUGCUGGAGGAUCGUGUGUGACCUUUCUUCUCCGCCCUUUUGGUUUUAGCCCUUUCCUUGUGACUCUACAUCACGUUGAUUUUUGGUAGUAUAAACUUUUUUUUGCCCAGAAUUCAUCUUUUUAGAUAGGAGAUGUGAAAAUCCCAGGUUUAUCAAGAACCUCCGCCCAUCGGAAUGCAAUGCAGUCACUGGAGACGAGAGAGGCCAGGGUCCCUUUUUUUCUUUUUGUUGCACCUUACACUGCCAUCAGAGUGAAGGUGGAAAUGACACGGGUGAUCCUGGAUGUCAAUUUUGUGUGUUGAUCAUUCCAAACUGAGAAGACUAAAGCCAAAUUUUGGUGUAUUUAAGGAAGCCGCGAUAGAGCUAUAUGUCUACAAUCCACAGGGCAACUUCUGAGAAGAAAACGCUGUCUUUUUCUUUCCUAACUGAGAGUGACAAUGUGACGUUUGUCACGUUGUGUGCAGUGACGCAGAGUAACUGAGGUAAGCUGACUGUUGCACUAUGUGACAUUUUUAAGGACGCACUUGCUGCAUUGGCAGCCGCCCUCUCUGUCCCUUCCCACAAUUCUGCUGUUGCUGCAACUCGAGUUAAUUGUGACAAAUGCAUCCUGGUGUUCUAUUUUGUUUGCGUCAUGAUUUUCAGAACUAUAUAUAAAUAUAUUUUUUAAAUAGCAAAUAUUGUAGUUAGUGAGGAUCACUCCAACCCAUUCCCUACCAUAUUGGUUUCAGGGAUAGGAUUACGAGUGUCUUUGGAAGAAAACAAUACACACAGCCCUGUGGUUUAGAACGAGACUGAGGCCUUGGGCUGUGGGCCUAGACAACUGUAUGAGUGAAAACCAACCCAUGUCAUACUCUGAAUCAAAGCAUGCAUUCCUUUUUCUCAUCAUGCGAAUGUCCUAGUUGUUUUCCUUCAGUGUUAGGUUUUGUCCUUUUAAGUUUUAGUAUAUUUUCCUCUAACAUUUGCCUUUUAAAAAAAAUUAAAAAAAAAAGAAAGAAUACCCUCAAUGCCGCUGGAUACUCACAAGCAGGGUUAUGCUCCUUCCUCUUGGGCUUGUUUGCCUAAGUAGAAGGAUUUAAUUUAUUCUGUACCUCCUCCUAGGCGUGGGGCAGUCCAGGGUGCACAGCCAGGAAUUGCUAGUAAUUGCACCUGCAAUACUUAAACACAUAGCCCUAGGCGCAAUCACACUAUGGAAAGGAAAAAAAAAAGUAUAUUUAGAGCUUUAAAAGCCUUUUUAUUUUUUUGUGGGGGUGAUGGGGGGUGGGAAAGUGAUAUAUGGAAGUUACUGGCAUUUUUAAGUGUUCAGAUUCUGGCCCUCCCCCGCCCCGUUUUUUUUUUUUUUUUUUUUUUUUUUUCCUCCCCGUUUAAUUGGAUGCACUGAUCUGGCCCAGGAAAUGAAGAGAUCCUUUUGAUGCUAUAACCAAUGUUAUCACCAAGUGACAGUCACCUGUGGCUACCAGGUGGCACCAGAUGUGAUCAGUAAAGUUGUAUUUGCACAUCGAUAUUUUUUGUGUGUGUCUGGCUCAGCCGCUUCUCUGAGUGGAGUUGAGGGAUGAGCCACAGGGAUUUUUGUAGCAGGUCUAUGGACAGUGCAUCUUAGAUUCCUCUGCAUUUCAUUUUGAAAAGCUGAAAGGAGGAUUGUGCAUCUGGAGAGAAAGUUGAGCAAAUUCUGAUCUAGCGGAAUGUUCGUUUGUGCUGCUUCUUGUGUACGACAGCAGCAGAGGUCUCUCUCGGAAAUACACGUCCCGUAUUGCGAUGUCUAUGAACAUAGGUUUCCUUUGCUUCCUCCUGCCUCUCCCGUCCUCCUCGGAGCUUUUCCCCCUGCCCAAUCUCCUCUCUUCCUCCUUUCUCCCCCUCUUCUGUUAGCCUGUCUUCCUCCAUUCCUUCCUGCCCCCUUUCCUCUUUCUUUACUUUUUUUUUUUUUUUUUUUUGGGAAAUCACUUAUUGUAAAUAAGUUGUAAUCCACACCUCAUGUAUCAAAUGGGGAACUUUCAAAAAUACAAAUAUUACCAAUACAUUUUCUGGUUGUUGUCUGAUUUUUGAUUGAAGCAUAAUGAAAAUGACAUGUCCAUUGCUUUUGGUUUGAGGAUUUUGCUGUAGCUUUAUACAUCUGGUAUUUUAGUAUUUCAUUGUCUUAGCAGGAGAGGGCAGCAGAAGUUCAUUUUCCCUGUUAGUAAUGCUGUGAUUCAUGGUUGGAUUUGAAUUUAGCUGUGUGUGUGUGCGUGUGCGUGUGUGUGUGUGUGUGUGUGUGUGUGUAACAGCAUCUGUUUGUGGGUAGAGGUAAAAG